CAGGCAAAUCAGUCGCUAAAAAAACUGACAAGUGUUAAGAAGAGGUGACAAACGGAAUAGAACUUCCACGGAUUUCGCGAAAUUUAAAAAAGAGAAAUUUUCGCUCGAGUUAAAGGACUACAGACGUCCGCUGGUUCGUGGGAUUAAAACGUCCGCGCUAUGAAACGUUUAGUGAUUUGUAUAUUAUUGCUGGGUAUCUGCCAUGCCACGCCCACUUUACAUAAACUGAAAGAGUUUAAGAAAUCUUUGCUCUUCGGUGGAGGUGGCGGAGGUUGCGGCGGCGGCUGUGGCGGUGGCGGUGGUGGUUACGGAGGAGGUGGAUUUGGUGGUGGCGGUGGUGGUCACGGCGGCUAUGGCGCCCCCAGCAUUCAAGUGUACGCUGUUAAGCAAGUACCCUCCUAUAGCAGCGGUGGUUAUGGUGGCGGCGGAUAUGGCGGUGGUAGUGGCGGCUGUGGAUAUGGUGGCUGCGGCGGCGGCGGCGGUUAUAAACCCAACUAUGGCGGCGGUGGCUUUGGACCGAGCUAUGGUGGCCACGGCGGCGGUGGUGGUGGCGGUUUCGGCGGCUCUUAUGCAUCCAGCAGUGCGAGUAGCUUCAGCUCCGCCAACAGUGGUGGCUUCGGUGGCAAUGGGGGAUAUGGCGGCAGUGGUGGUUAUCCAAGUGGUGGUGGUGGUGGUUAUGGCGGUCAUCCAGGUGGCGGCGGUAGUUGCAAUAGUUGUGGCGGUGGUGGUGGCAGCCCCGGUGGCUAUGGUGGUUACGGUGGUAGCGGUGCUUAUGCCAGUGCUCAGUCCUCUGCCAGUGCUCAUUCGAGCUCAUGGGGAAAGUGAAAAGUCGCCAGUAGUUAAGUGUUGAAGUUGAGUGAAUAGAUCAAAACUUUUACGAAUUUAAUUAAACGAAUAUACUUUUUAAUAAAAUUUUUAAAUGAUAUGUGACAUAUUUUAGAAAAAUAAAGCAUUUUGUAUUUAUA